AUGCAGGCCAUGAAAGUGGCAGGCGGUGGGCAGGGGUCCCAGGCUGACCCUACGUGGCAGGAGAGCCCGUGCGGGCGCUGGCAGAAGCGGCGGGAGCAGGUGAACCAGGGGAAUAUGCCCGGCGUGCAGAGCACGUUCCUGGCCAUGGACACCGAGGAGGGGGUGGAGGUGGUGUGGAACGAGCUGCACUUCAGCGACAGAAAGGCCUUCUCGGCCCAUGAGGACAAGAUCCAGACGGUGUUUGAGCAGCUGGUGCUGGUGGAACACCCCAACAUCGUCAAACUGCACAAGUACUGGUUGGACACAGCCGAGGCCCGAGCGCGGGUCAUCUUCAUCACGGAGUACGUGUCCUCAGGGAGCCUCAAGCAGUUCCUGAAAAAGACCAAGAAGAACCACAAAGCCAUGAACGCCAGGGCCUGGAAGCGCUGGUGCACUCAGAUUUUGUCAGCACUCAGCUUUCUGCACGCCUGCAGCCCCCCCAUCAUCCACGGGAACCUGACCAGCGACACCAUCUUCAUCCAGCACAAUGGCCUCAUCAAGAUUGGCUCGGUGUGGCACCGCAUCUUCUCCAACGCACUCCCGGACGACCUCCGGAGCCCCAUUCUGGCUGAGCGUGAGGAGCUGCGCAACCUGCACUUCUUCCCGCCAGAGUAUGGCGAGGUGGCUGAUGGUACCGCUGUGGACAUCUUCUCCUUUGGGAUGUGCGCCUUGGAGAUGGCGGUACUGGAGAUCCAGGCCAAUGGUGACACCCAUGUUACAGAGGAGGCCAUCGCUAGUGCCAGGCACUCGCUGAGUGACCCCAACAUGCGGGAAUUCAUUCUGUCUUGCCUGGCCCGAGACCCCGCCCGGAGGCCCUCUGCCCACAACCUGCUGUUCCACCGUGUGCUCUUCGAAGUGCAUUCGCUGAAGCUGCUGGCUGCACACUGCUUUAUCCAGCACCAGUACCUCCUGCCAGAGAACACAGUGGAAGAGAAGACCAAGUCGGUGGACCUGCAUGCCGUCAUGGCAGAGGUCCCCAGGCGUCGCCAGCCCCCCGUGCAGUGGCGGUACUCAGAAGUCUCCUUCUUGGAACUUGACAAAUUCCUGGAGGAUGUCAGGAAUGGUAUCUACCCGCUGAUGAACUUUGCCACCACAAGGCCCCUGGGGCUUCCCCGGGUGCUGGCUCCACCCCAAGAAGAGGCUCAGAAGGCCAAGACCCCCACUCCUGAGCCCUUUGACUUAGAGACCAGGAAGGUAAUCCAGAUGCAGUGUAACAUGGAGAAGAGUGAGGACAAGAUGCGCUGGCAUCUCACCUUGCUGCUUGUGCUGGAAGACAGGCUGCACCGGCAGCUCACCUACGACCUGCUCCCAACUGACAGUGCUCAGGACCUGGCCGCAGAACUUGUGCACUAUGGCUUCCUCCAUGAGGACGACCGGCCCAAGCUGGCUGCCUUCCUGGAAAGCACCUUCCACAAGUACCGUGGGGCCCAGCCCUGAGCCUGAGCCUGAGCCCAGAGCGCCCGCCCAGCCUGCGGUCCCCUGUGGGGAUUGGGGACCACGGCUGCCUCUGCCAGCCUAUGCCACUGAGGACCAGGGGCCAACAAACCUGUGCCAGGAGGCUGGGCCCAUGGGGUGAUGGCGCCUGCCCUGUGGGGUGGCUGGGCAAGAGGCAGGACCCCUCUCCUCACCCAUGACCCACCCCGUCUGGCUUCCUCCUGGCUUCCUUAGCAGCACCCCUUCCUGGGGUCCCAGGAGGCUGGCUGGCCAGAGCCUGGGCCUCUGACCCCUUGCUUGGAGGCAGACUGCAGGGGGGGCAGGGCAGUCAGCCACCCAUGGGGCUAUUGUCCUGCCUGGGAGAGCCCCUAGUAGCAGGGCCUGGAGCCCCAGGGUGCAGCUGCUGCAGGGGCUGGCCUUUCCUGGGUGCCCAGAGCCCUGGCCAGCAGGGAAGCUGAUGGCCAGGUCCUGCUGAGAUGUACAAGGCCCCAGUUCUUGUAGCUCAUGUCCUGGUCCUUACAACGAGUCCAGAGUGGUGGGCACAGCUCAGGGCCACACAGGCCUUCUGGGGCCCUUCUCCACUCCCUCCAUCUGCUGGGUGGUCACAGCACAGCCGUGCUCCCGGAACUGCUGCCAAGAGGACUGGUCCUCCGUGUCCCAGCCUGGCAGGGUGCACCUGUUGUCCCACGCAAACCUGAUCAGAGUGUCAGUACCUGGCUCCCUCUGGCUCCCACCCAACUCUUGUCUGAGUCUGGGAAGUUUCCUAUCUCGGAGAGCACCCCACCCCCAGGGCCUUCGCCCUCAGACUGCCUCGCCCCCAUCUGCAAGCUUGGGGGAACAUCCCUCCUUCUCAAAUGGCAUGUCUGAACCACAGCCCACUGUUCUUUCAAUGCCAAAAGCUGUACCCAGCCCUGGCUGCUGUCACAGGGCCACCCUUGGUGGGUGGACUCCCUGACCAUUCUGGAACCAGAGGUCCAGGGGGUCUCACAGGACGGAAGGCUUGACGUCCCGGGGCUGGGCUCCUUCCAGCAUGGCACUGGGGGCGGCACUUCCUUGGGGUUGGGAGUAUUCUUGUCCCUGCGGUUGCAGCACCAAGGGCGGCUGGCGGCGGCUGCAACGGGAUGCCUGUCCCCUGCUCCUGGUGGCCACCCACUGCCCUGAGCUCAGGCUCUUUGCUCCCAAUUCCAAGCCAGCUGCGGUGGCCACAUCUUUCUCACAGCCAUCUCUCUGGUUCUCUCCUGCCACUUUGAAGGGCUCUCAGGACGAGGCUGGGCCCUCUGGACGCUUCAGGGUGGUCUCUGUGUCCCAGUUCUGAGCCUCAGCCACGCCUGCCUGGCGUCCCUCACUGUAACAUACCCACAGGUUCCAGGCCUUAGGGUGUGGGUGUCUUUGAGGCCCUUUUCUGCCUACCCCAGCACCCUAACCAAACAGACAAACUCACCAAGGUAUGUUAAAUGUAAAACAGAGCGAACCUCCUGCCGCCUAAAACACUUCAAUACUAUUCACACACACAAAAAUUCCAACACUCACACUUUUCAUCUCCCAAUCACCAAUCGGAGAGAAUGCACACAUUUGGAUGGAAGGCUUGGGCCUAAGCUGCUGGCUUCUGGGGCGUCCUAAACGGCGGACAGCGGACAGCGGGGGGCGAGGAGAGGAAGCCAGAUUGUCAGCAGUCAGUGGGACUGUGGGUUCACAUAACGGGGCGUCUGUUUACUUUUUCACUUAAAAUUUAUCUUUCAAAGUUAUAUAGACGUCCUGUUUUAUAAGUGAAAUGAUUUUUGUCAAGGCUGAUAAUAAAUCACAACAAUAAACGUG